UCCCCGCCGCCGGAUCCGCUGGGGGAACGCGGACGGGCGAGCGAGACUUUUACCUUUUCUCUCUAUUUUUCUUUUUUUUUUUUUUCCCCCGUCCUCACCCACCAUGCUGCGGACGCCGCUGCCCGCGGGGGACGAGCGGCGGCUCAGCCCGGCGCCCUCCUCCUGAGAAGGGAUGCGGGAGGCGCGGCCGGGACACAGCUAGCGCGACCCGCGCCUCUCCCUCGACCUCCCCCCUCCCGCGUCCCCGACCACCAUGAGGGAAGAGAGAGAAGCUGCCGCGGCGGCCGCCUCCCCCCACGGCCCCGGCAGAGCCCCGCAGCCCUGCCCGCAGCCGGACGGCGGCGGGGCGGCCCCCGCGGAGAGCCUGCGGAACGGAUACGUGAAGAGCUGCGCGACCCCCCUGCGCCAGGACCCCCCGAAGAGCCUCCUCUCCCUACUGCUCUUCCCUACCGCCUCCUCCUCCCGGGCUCGGCUCGCCCUGGGCGUCCUGGCCGCCUCUGUCCUCUCGCUCCUGGCCUUUCCCGGCCAGGGCAGCGUCCGGGAGCGGCAGGACGGGAGCGGCUGGCAGAGCCCGCGGCCGCUGCACGCCUUGCUGUGCCUGUCCCGCUGCCUCAGCCCCCUCUUCAGCAUCGCCUGUGCCUUCUUCUUCCUCACCUGCUACCUGGCCGGCGGCCGGCGCGGGGAGCUCGGCGGCGGCACUCCCCGCUGGUGGCUGCUGGCGCUGCCCGUGUGCUGCUACUCGGGGGACUUCGUGGCGCUGCAGUGGCUGCUGCCCGAGGAGGGGCACGAAGAGGAACCGCAGAUGUUCCUAGGAAGGCUCCUGACAGUGCUGGGCUCGGUGACAGCGCUGACCCUGCUGCAGAGCUCUCUGAGGUUGCGCUGGAGCCUCCUCGUCUUGGUCUUCUCCAGCCUGGUGUGGCUGGUGCCGCUCGCCAGCUUCCCCUCGCUCCCCCCGGCCCUCAGACCGCUGCUGGCCGGCACGGCCGGGGUGGCAGGCUGCCUCCUGGCACUCUGUGGCGGGGAGCACGGCAUCUUCUCGGCUCACAGCCGAGGAGCGCACCACCAGCAUCAUCGCCACCCACGGCUCCCCAGCGUGGAGGAAAAAGUGCCUGUGAUCAGACCGAGGAGGAGAUCUAGCUGCGUGUCCUUAGGGGAAACUUCGGCCAGCUACUACGGCAGCUGCAAAAUGUUUAGGAGACCCUCGUUGCCUUGCAUUUCCAGAGAGCAGAUGAUACUUUGGGAUUGGGAUUUGAAGCAAUGGUACAAGCCCUAUUACCAGAAUGCUGGCAGUGGAAAUGGAGUUGAUCUUUCAGUGCUAAAUGAGGCUCGGAACAUGCUGACAGACCUCCUGGCUGAUCCAUCUCUUCCACCACAUGUGAUUUCUUCCCUUCGAAGCAUUAAUAGUCUGAUUGGUGCUUUCUCAGGCACAUGCAGGCCAAAGGCUAGUCCAUUCACACCAUUUCCUGGUUUCUUCCCCUGUCCUGAAAUAGAGGAUCCUGCUGAAAAAGAUCGAAAGCUGCUCAAGGGAUUAAAUAGCAGGAGUAGCCUGCCAACCCCACAGCUGAGACGAACUUCAGGAGUUUCUGGCGUGUCACCUAUAGAAUCAGCAUCUUCGAGGUGGGAACGAAGUAACAGCAAGAGAUCUCAUCAGGAAUAUAGCACAUCAAGCCAAGGAUCUCAUUCAAGUGGGUCUUUUGGUGCAAACUUGCUGACAAUACCAAAGCAAAGAUCAUCUUCUAUGACAUUGACUCAUUAUAUAGGUCCCAGACGAGCAGGUGCUUCGCCUGGUCUGAGUCCUGUGGGUUCACCCAGUCAUGGAUCUGUCUCCAGCGGGGCUUUCAGCAACUGGUCACCUGUAGAAUUUCCUGAUACUGCUGAUUUCCUUACAAAACCAAGCAUUAAUAUACAUAAGCCUCCAGGAUACACAUCUAGCUCCCCAGAUUUUCAGCAGCAAGUUAAAACACCUGUAGGUUAUAUGUGUAGCAGCUGUGGACGGCAGAUACUCAAGCCUGUUCCAACACCAGAACCAGAAUCUGCAGAACACAGAGACAGAAAAUCAGGUGAAAUUGGAAGUGCUAAUGUUUCAAAAGAAUCUUUCCACCAUACAGAGAAGAUAAAAGAUGAAAGGAAGGAAAUGAUCGAUCAAACACAAAAUAAUCUGCUUGUGGAGCAGAGUUAUACAUUAGAAACAAUGUUAUUAGACCAUGAUUCACUAAUGGAGAAGAUGAGCAACUGGAAUUUCCAAAUUUUUGACCUUGUAAAAGAAAUGGGAGAUCAGUCUGGAAGGAUCCUUAGCCAGGUAACUUAUACCUUGUUUCAAGACACUGGCUUGUUUGAAAUUUUCAAAAUUCCAUCUCAAGAAUUCAUGAAUUACUUCCGUGCACUAGAAAAUGGCUACAGAGAUAUUCCCUAUCACAACCGUAUACAUGCCACGGAUGUUCUCCAUGCAGUGUGGUAUCUGACAACACGGCCCAUUCCUGGAUUUCAGCAAAUUCACAAUGAGCAUAUAAUGGAAAAUGAAAUGGAGGAAGCCAGUGGUAUUGCCCCUGCUCAAGUCAGCUAUAUUUCUUCAAAAAGUUGUCCUAUUGCUGAUGACAGUUAUGGUUGUUUGGCAUCAAACAUUCCUGCUUUGGAAUUGAUGGCUUUAUAUGUAGCAGCUGCCAUGCACGAUUAUGAUCAUCCUGGUCGUACAAAUGCUUUUCUAGUGGCCACAAAUGCACCUCAGGCUGUUCUCUACAAUGACAGAUCAGUCUUAGAAAAUCACCACGCUGCUUCUGCCUGGAAUCUUUUCUUAUCACGACCAGAAUACAACUUUUUAUCAAAUCUUGAUCACGUAGAAUUCAAGCGUUUUCGCUUCUUAGUGAUUGAAGCAAUCCUUGCCACAGACCUCAAGAAGCAUUUUGAUUUCCUUGCAGAAUUUAAUGCCAAGGUCAAUGAUAUCAACAGUAAUGGUAUAGAAUGGAGCAAUGAAAACGAUCGACUACUGGCCUGUCAAAUAUGCAUCAAACUGGCAGAUAUUAAUGGCCCAGCCAAAAUUAGAGAGCUGCAUCUGAAGUGGACAGAAGGCAUUGUUAAUGAAUUUUAUGAACAGGGUGAUGAGGAAGCAAGUCUUGGAUUACCUAUAAGCCCCUUCAUGGAUCGUUCUUCUCCACAGCUUGCAAAGCUGCAAGAAUCUUUCAUCACUCACAUAGUUGGUCCCCUUUGUAACUCCUACAAUGCAGCAGGGUUGCUUCCAGGGCAGUGGGUUGAUGAAGAGGAGGAGGAUGCAGAAAGUACUGAAGAUGAUGAUGGUGCACAGUUAGAGAGUGAUGAUGAAGAAAUGGAAGAUGAUCUUAUUUUAAAAGUUCAAAGAAAAAAAGGUAGACGAAUAUUUUGCCAGCUAAUACACCAUCUCAGUGAAAAUCACAAAAUAUGGAAGAAAGUCAUUGAAGAGGAAGAAAAAAACAAAACCGAAGGAGCUAAACUGCUGACUGAAAUCUCAUCUUUACCUCAAGCAGACGAAAUUCAGGUUAUUGAGGAAGCUGAUGAAGAUGAUGAACGACAACUAGGAGAAGACAAGACGUGCUAAGAAAACUCCAGUGGUGUCCAGUAUGAUGACAGCCCACAUUUUUUUCCACUGUGCUGACUUUAGCCUGACACAGUUUGCAUAAAAUUGAAAGGCCUUAAUACUGUGAGAGGAUUCUUUUUACUCUAGUGGAAUCCCACUCCUAUGCACUUUCGCCACACAGAAAAUGAAACUUUAUUCAGAGAUUGAAUAUUGUAUACCCUGAUGCAAAGUUCUUUAUGCCUUAGUUGGUAUAAAAUAUCCUGAUAUAAUGCUGCCUUGCUGAAUAUGGAACUCUUCUUUUCCCUGAGGUACCUGCAGUUUUUAAAAACGUUCAGUGACUUCAAUUACCAAAGUGGCAAGAACUUUUCGCUAACCAGGAAACGCAGGAUGAAUCCUAAUAUUGUCUUGAGUUGCUUAUUUCAUGUUGUUUUUGAACAUGAAUGAGAAAAGGUCUGUGCCUAUAUGAAAACUAUGUUACUGUUGCAGUGCAAGCCUGUUGUGGGGUGUCUACUUAGUGCAGUAGUGUGCUUAAUGUAGUCAUCUCAGAGCAACUGUUCAAGGACUGUGACAUAAAUGCUGAAUUCUGAUAUUUGUGGUUUAAAAUAAGAAAAGAAGAUCCAGGUGCAUCUAUUUCUGAUGCUUUUUAUUAUUGUGCAUAAUCUGAUGUUUUAUUUUUGCAGAAAAUAUUCAGGUUUGCAGUGGAUGUUCAUGAUAAUUCAUUGAAUACAAGGCCAUUAUCAUCUGUUGCCUUGCUGUUUUGUGGUAGAACAUUAAAAAACCUGUUCCGCUACUUAAAUUAUGAAGGAAUUUUAUUCUUUUAGUCAGAAGUCAUGUUAUAUUUCCUGCCCUUACUCAGGUUCACGUUUAAAAACAAGUCAAGUACAUCAUAGAUUUUUAUCUUGCACCGAUUUCCAAUAUUAAAUUUUAAGGAAAUAAGAUCGUAUCUCAUUUAUUCUUUGUAUGUAAAGCUUUAGGAGAAUUAAUGAGGGUUUUAAAAAAAAAAAAAAAGACAUUAACUACUGUUUCAAAAUGGCUAUUUUAAUUUGCCCCACAUCUUUUCUUCCAUCACAGACACAGCUUAUAUCCCUUUCAAAUUUGAUGUACAUCCUGAAAUACACAUAUGGAAACCAGAAUGUGAAAAUUUUGUGUAAAGUUUUGAAAACAACACGGUACUGUUUUACAUUUUAGAUUGUUGAGUUUUAAAAUAGGAAACUUGGACAUUCCACACAAAUGUAUUAUUAGGAACACUACCAUUGUAGGUCUAAUUUGAAAACAAACAAACAAAAGAAGGCAUAAAUUUAGGCUAUAAGUAAGUAAGCAAGCCACAAAUAAACCUAGUUUUAAAAGUGCACCUUUUAGUACUAAACAUUUAUAUGCUGUGUAGUUGAAUUCAAUAAAAAUCAAAUGCACGUGUGUGCCAUUGCUAAAUGUAUCUUAGCAAUUUGUGUUUACAUUUACAUCAGUUGACUUGAAAAAAAAAGGUAACAUUUCUAAGAUAACCUUGAGUACAUUGUAUUACACUAUUUUACACAAAUUUUUAUUCUGCUCUUUGAUUGGCCAGUUUAAAUCAAUGAAAGGGGUUUUUUUCCAUUUUUCACUAAUAAGCUUUUUGUUGAUCCACUUAAAAGACCACUGAAACAUGCUUUGCUAUUUUAUAUCUUCAGUGCAAAAUCCCCCUUUACUGCCAUUAUUACUAUCACUGCAUUUUUUUUUUUUUGUAACAUGAGCAGUGUUAAAAACAGAUAUUUCUGUCAUUAAUAAAAUGUUGCACUAUUGAA